GCAGGCCAUGUAGAGUGUAAACCUGGUAUACUGUUGCCAGUGUGGUUGCCACUGAAUCCUCCACAUGGGGAGAGGGCAGGGAGAGCCGUCAUCUACUUCCUAUGUCUCAUGUACAUUUUCCUGGGAGUAUCCAUCAUUGCAGACCGCUUUAUGGCCUCCAUCGAAGUAAUUACCUCUCAGGUGAAAGAGAUAACCAUUACCAAACCCAACGGAGAGACAACAGUGACCACAGUGCGAAUCUGGAACGAGACUGUUUCCAAUCUUACUCUCAUGGCUCUGGGGUCUUCUGCUCCUGAAAUUUUACUUUCUGUCAUUGAGGUGUGUGGGCAUAACUUUCAUGCAGGUGAGCUCGGCCCAGGCACCAUUGUUGGAAGCGCUGCUUUCAAUAUGUUUGUUAUUAUUGGCAUAUGUGUUUGGGUGGUUCCUGAUGGAGAGUCUCGCAAGAUCAAACACCUGCGAGUAUUUUUUAUCACAUCUUUCUGGAGUAUUUUUGCCUACAUUUGGCUCUAUGUCAUAUUAGCUGUCAUAUCGCCUGGAAUCGUAGAGGUGUGGGAAGCCACAGUGACACUGCUUUAUUUUCCGGUGUUUGUGUUACUGGCUUGGAUCGCUGACCGUCGUUUGCUCUUUUACAAAUACCUGCACAAACGUUACCGUGCUGACAAAAGACAUGGUAUUGUGGUGGAAAUGGAAGGUGAUGACAUACCCAAAGGUCAUGAUAUUAUCAUGGAUGGAAAGAACUCAGAUGGAAUUUCGUGCCCUAGAAACUGCUCUAGCGUGACCGUGUCUGUACAAACACCAAGUGAGAUGGACCAGAACCAAGAUGAGGUGGUUCGUAAACUGAAAGACCUGCGGGAUAAACACCCAGACAAAAACCUGGACCAGCUUAUUGAAUUGGCAAACUACUCCACUUUGGUUCAACAGAAGAAGAGUCGAGCUUUUUACCGUGUCCAGGCAACUCGUUUGUUAAUAGGUGCAGGAAACCUACUAAGGAAACAUGCUGCUAGAAACUCUUGCCGUAGAGGUGCUGCAAGUCCAGGGGAUGACAAACUUAGAUGCUCUCAUAUUUGUUUUGAGAGCGCACAGUAUCUAUGCACGGAAAACUGUGGUUCUUUGAGCCUCUGGGUGAUUCUUGAUGGGGGCUCUGGCCAGGAUACCUUUUAUGUGGACUACCUUACAGAAAAUGGUUCAGCCAACGCUGGGGCAGAUUUUGAGUUUAGUGAAGGCACCCUGACAUUUAAGCCAGGAGAGACUCGAAAAGAGAUCAAGGUGAACAUUUUGGAUGACGACAUCUUUGAAGAAGACGAACAUUUCUUUGUCCGCCUUCAAAAUCUGAGGUUAGAAGAGGGUGGUGAUGAAGGGGCAGGAAGUUUACCCAAGGGCAGACUAGUGGAGCCAUUGGUUGCCACUGUCACAAUCUUGGAUGAUGACCAUGCUGGCAUCUUCACCUUUGGUCAAGGGGUUUUGCGGGUGAGUGAGAGCACCGGCACACUGACGGUGACAGUGGUGAGGAACUCAGGCUCCAGAGGUACCGUUUCUGUACCGUAUCACACAGUGGACGGCAGUGCCAAAUCUGGAGUGGACUACGAGCAGGUCAAGGGUGAGCUGGAAUUUAGCAAUGAACAAACCAGCCACACUUUAAAAGUUCACAUUCUAAAUGUGAAGGAGUAUGAAAAACAGGAGAACUUCUAUAUCGUGCUUGAAGAGCCUAAAUGGUUAAAACGCGGACUCUCUGGUAAGUAUCUCACCCCAUGGCGCCAUCCCACACCUGAAGAGGAAGAAGCCAGGAGAAUCUCUGAAAUGGGCAAGCCCAUUCUAGGAGAACACAGCAGAAUAGAGAUAAUCAUAGAAGAGUCCUGUGAGUUUAAGAAUACCGUGGAUAAACUCCUUAAAGAUACAAAUCUGGCAGCUGUGAUUGGAUCUCGUUCAUGGAGGGAGCAGUUCAUUGAAGCUGUCACAGUCAGCGCAGCAGGCAGGAGGGAUAGAGAUGAUGAGGGACAAGAUCAGCCAAUGCCGAACUGCUUUGACUAUUUCAUGCAUAUUUUGAGCAUUUUUUGGAAGAUUCUCUUUGCUUGUGUCCCACCAACUGAGUACUGGAAUGGAUGGGCUUGUUUUGUCGUGUCAAUAUCGGUUAUUGGGAUAUUAACAGCCAUUAUUGGAGACCUUGCGUCCCAUUUCGGCUGCACAGUUGGCUUGAGAGACACUGUCACUGCGGUGGUAUUUGUGGCCCUGGGUACUUCACUUCCUGAUACCUUUGCCAGUAAAGUGGCUGCAAUUCAGGACCAAUAUGCAGACGCAUCAGUCGGAAACGUAACUGGAAGCAAUGCUGUCAAUGUGUUCUUAGGUAUUGGUGUAGCUUGGUCUGUGGCUGCAAUCUAUUGGGAAGUCCAAGGGGGAGUUUUUCGAGUGGAUGUUGGCUCACUGGCCUUCUCGGUCACACUCUUCACCAUUUUUGCCUUCUUCACAAUGGGAGUGUUGAUGAUCCGCCGAAAGCCUUCUAUUGGCGGUGAAUUGGGAGGCCAACGGAUCCCUAAAAUGCUAACAUCACUAAUUCUCUUAGGACUGUGGUUCCUUUACAUUCUGUUCUCUAGUUUGGAGGCCUACUGCCAUAUAAAAGGCUUCUGA